AUGACAAUAUCCACAGUUGAGCUCAAUGGUGCACUAGCUGCAACUAUGAUAGAUGCCCCUGGGCAGGGAACGACAUUUACGUACCUUAACUACACGAGUGAAGACGAGGAAAGACGGCACAUAGAGGUUGUUCGCCCUGCAGGAGCUGGCUGCACCCAAGAUACGUUCGUGAAUUACUCCCCUUUUGCAACUGUUGACGAUAAUUCUUGCAUCGAGGGUCGACAUGUGCGAAUGGAUUUUGCUACCGUCGUAAACGAUGUCUCUGCAAUAGAUUGGUACAAGCAUGGGGUCAUCAGCGUCUCAGAACCAGCAGUGUAUGGAGGUUACUCAACGUUUCCUCCAAUUUUACUGCCAACAGCAAAUUCCACCUGGCGGGGAUAUAGACACGUUUUUUCAGGGCAGUUAUCUGUCCAAAUAUUUGGUUAUGCAACAUUCCGAGUUCGCCUUGCUGAAGCAAAUGUCAUAUUGUUGAACCAGACGGAAUCAAAUUUAACAAAUACGAGAGACAGGCAUGGCUUUGAGCUCACUAUUGGCACUUCACAAGUGAACUUUGUUGUUCCAGUGAAGUCCAUACAGCAGCAAGUAGUGAGCAUCGAUGGCGCUGUCAUCGGGGAAUCAGACACAGGCACUGUGAUUGUUGGUCCCGGUGCUCUUGAGAGCCCUGCAGUAGUCAGUGUUGCGACAGAGUAUCACGAGCCCUCAGGUGUUACCUGCCUCAAGUAUAAUUCUGAAUAUAGUUGUGUCAAAAUGGAUAUGAUAGAAAAACGAUUCUCAAUCGUACCUCACAGACUACGUUUCAUCAAUCAUGUUAUUGUAAUUGUUACUUUGGAUAAAAACCAGCCAACUCGAAUGGGAAAUCAAGAGAAAAUAAUUUUACGCACGCCUGACGAGCAGACCAACGAGUGGAGAGCAGUUCCAGGCUCUUUUUUUUCUUCUCGCAAAGCUUAUUUAAACAUCGAUCACUUCUCUGUACUUGUGUUCAGAGCAAGAGCCCAGGUACGGAUGAUAGAUCCAUACCAAGUCGGUCUUUCUGGCAUCACUUCGGUUAUCCUAGACGGAGUUGAUUUGCGUGGCGACUAUGCCUCAGUGCUAAACACAUUUUGCAAAUUCGGAGAAAAAUAUAAACAUGCAAACUUUUUCGACAGCAGGGAUCCAAGAACACACGGAGAUGCGGUUCGCUGUCUCGCACCUAUUCUCUCGCAGGCAGGAUUUAUGACUGUUGAGGUGCAUCAUUCUGAUACUUUAGUCAGCAGCAAUUCUGGUUGGCGAGUCCUGUUCACCUCUGCUUCAAGUAUUUCAUCACUGGUUCCACCAUCGUGUUUUACCACCGGCGGUGCUCUGGUUACCCUUCGUGGCAGUCAUUUUAGUAGCCUCGCCCACGGUAAUAUUGCAAGUCGCAGUGGAGAUUCGGGGGCUUCUGCAGCCCGCAUGGGAGAUGCCACCAGGUGCAUGUUCGGUGUCACCAGCUCAAUAAUAAGUGGUUAUGUCAUUUCUUCCACAAUGGCAGUAUGUGAGGCACCGGCUGCUCUUCCUCACACCAUAACCUCACAAAACCAACUGGUGGAUGUGUCUCUCGCCGGUUACGAAGUAUCAUCAUCCUUCCGUUUUCAAUACAUUCUGCCCACUGUUGACACAGAUUCAAAGUGGUUCCCCACUGGUAGUUCUGGACGGAAACAUCGGCCCACGGACAUCGAAGAAGGCAGGUCAACGUUUGAUAUGAGUUCAGUUUUGAUCUCAAAUAUCAGCCAUGUUCUGGUAAAAGACUAUCGGGGCGGGGGCCACGGGAACCCACAUGUUUCAGAGAUUCGAUGUAAGUUCGACACUGUAUUUGUGUCCUCAAGGACAUCACCUCGUCCUAGUUGUAUUUCUCCGGCUAAACAAAAUAAAGAAUCUGGACAUGGAUUUUAUCACUUGUCGAGAUCUGUGCAUCACCUUGUGCAUAUUUCUUCAGUAUUACUGAAUCGUUGUAUAUUUGUUGUGUCCUGCGAACCAUGUUGGCAUAUCAGCAUGUCUGCUCUUUUGUCGACGCACAGGCUGCUGAGCGAACUUGAGUUUAUUGACAGUCAACUUUUUAUGAGCUAUUUCAGUCAAACUGAUGUUUUGAACUUCGAGUUUGAGCUUAAACACAUGGCCCAACUUUUUGAAAUCACGUGGGGUGCACUUCCUCCACAUUUUGUCAUGUCUUACAAUGUCUCCGUGUUCUCUUUUGAGCGGUUGGUCUCAUAUAAAUUAUAUCCUCUGGGCAGUUCCACCUCCGUGAUGGAAAGAGGGUUCGUGUUGACAAAUGUUAUGUUGCCCAACGUCGCCAGCAACAAAAACAGUAGAUUCAAUACUCGUACUAUUCAGCAUUCCUUGUUAACGGACUACAGUGCUGCUUCUUUCAUUAUUUCAGCUGUUGGAGGGUCAAUUUGCGGGGACAUUGGUGGCGGGGCCAUCUGGUUAGUAGCCAGCAUCGAGCCGAAUACUGUAUCAAACCCAUCUCGGGGAGUUUCCAAUGGUGGCUUUCGAAGGGGAUCGGGUAGUUUCUUAUUUUGCAGAUAUGCCCCAUUGAAGACAUACCGAAAUGUAAGUGAAGCAAGUGAAAUCUUACCAGCUUUUCUUACUCCCGCACGCGUGAUAUCAUCUGCAGUUGCAAGUUGCGAGUUGCCAGCCUUUCAAAACGAAUCUUCUAGAUAUUCUGGGAGGGCUACUUAUGACACGAGCACACCUUGGUUUUUGUCCUCGGUACAAUUGAAUUCUGCUGGCGCAAAUUCCAAGAGUCGUGCUAUCAAGAUAAGUGUUCUACCAGAGCCUCUGUUUGUAGUGGCAACAAUACCUCUUGAUUAUCAUCGUGAUGGUGGUUCUGUGAUCAGUGUCUCAUGGCAAACCAAAAAUAGGUACUAUGAAAUUUUGGCACGGGUACAGUUAGCCUGUAUGUUCGGCACCAUCGGACCCAUUUCACUUUUUCGCCGAGCAGAUGAGACUCGUAGAGAUGGGUUCUGCAUUUCUCCUGCUCGCGAAGGGCAUUUGGCUCAACCAGGUAAACCGUCACGGCGAACGUUCACUGUAUCGCUGCAUCUUCCAUACAAUGGACAGAUGAAAAAUAUUGGCCAAAAUUUUGAACCGCAGGUGUUCGCAACAAUACCGAAUUCAUCGGUUGUGUCAAAGAUCUUUUCACCUGCGAAUGCCGUCAGCUCGUUUCUUCGAUGUGUGAAUAUGGUUUCGGAGCAUGGUUUGACCGUGCAAAGCGUUGCUUUUGAGACGACAGCUCAUUUGCAUUCGUGUAAAACCUGGACUUACUCAGAUAUCAUGCGAUUUUCUUUUGCAACUGUGACGCUGUUCGAAACGCCACUUCACCAUAGCGAUGGAGUCUUUGAUUCUGUCAGCUUUAAAUAUAAUACUCCAGCUGAGUUAAAUACGGUGGAUCCAAUAUGGGUACCAGUAUAUGGCGGUGCUCUCCUCACAAUUACAGGUAAAAAUCUACGCAUUUUUAUAGAUGACUCUCUCCAGUCUUCAAUAAGUUGCGUAUUCGGUGGACACGCCAGUGACAUCAUUGCAGUAUCCUCUACCUUGGCACGCUGCGAGCUAUUUGACUCCAUGUCUGGUUCAGGGACAAUAGGCGGCGGCUUCAGUAAGCUCAGGUUCGACAGUGGUGAAGUUCAGUAUAUAAAUCAGGAAGCAAACGUAUUGCAAGUUUCACCCCUAAAGUUGAGUGAGACCCUCUUGAUUAUCAACUCGAGUUGGAGAACCAAAAAGCUUAUUGGCCGAGAACUACAUUUUAUGCAGAAUCCUCGAAUAAAUCAUCUGUCCCCCGACAUUGCAGAUGGUUUUGGCGGUCUUCUUGUUUCUGUUCAUGGUUCAUACUUCAAUGACUUUUCAAGCUCUCUAUGCUGCCUCUUUGGCACAAUAUCUGUGGCCGCUACAGUUUUGAACAAUACAAACAUAGAGUGCGUUACUCCGGUUCAUGCUGAGGUCAAAGUGUCAUUUACUUUGAAUUCAGUUGCUCAUCGCCCCUUGGGAACUGAAGGCCAACUUGAAUUUGAUUUCUUAUUUGGCUCUUGA